GGAUCAUUCCCGACUAAACCAUCCCAGCUAAGUCUGUCCAACCUGCUCUUGAAAGGUUCCAAGAAUGAAGAUUCCACAACUUCUCUAGGUGUGUGUUGUUUCAGCGCAGCAUGGCUGUGGUCAUCCGCUUGCAAGGUCUCCCGAUUGUGGCGGGGACCAUGGACAUUCGCCACUUCUUCUCUGGAUUGACCAUUCCUGAUGGGGGCGUGCAUAUUGUAGGGGGUGAACUGGGUGAGGCUUUCAUCGUUUUUGCCACUGAUGAAGAUGCAAGGCUUGGUAUGAUGCGCACAGGUGGUACUAUUAAAGGGUCAAAAGUAACACUAUUGCUCAGUAGCAAAACUGAAAUGCAAAACAUGAUAGAACUCAGUCGUAGGCGUUUUGAAACUGCCAAUCUAGAUAUGCCACCAGCAAAUGCUAGCAGGUCUGGACCACCACCUAGUUCUGGAAUGAGUGGUAGGGUAAACUUGCCAACUACUGUAACUAACUUUAACAAUCCCUCUCCUAGUGUAGUAACUGCUUCUACUACUGUUCAUGACAGCAACAAAAACAUACCCACAUUCUCCACUGCCAGUAUGGGAACUGCACCUCCAAAUCUUGGGACUACCUUUGGUAGCCCAACAUUUAGUUCAACAAUACCUAGUACAGCAUCCCCAAUGAACGCUGUACCACCUCCACCAAUUCCUCCUAUGCCAGCUAUGCCAUCUUUGCCACCUAUGCCUUCCAUUCCUCCUAUACCUGUCCCACCUCCUGUACCUACCCUGCCUCCUGUUCCUCCAGUUCCCCCAAUACCUCCUGUACCCCCUGUACCACCAAUGACCUCUAUGCCCCCUAUAUCAGGAAUGCCUCCUAUGAAUCCUCCACCUGUAGCACCUUUACCUACUGGAAUGAAUGGGUCUGGAACAGCAUUGAACAUGAACAGUGGCUUGACUCCAAUGUUUAUAGGUCCCAUGAAUCCUGUAAAUCCUAUUCAGAUGAAUUCUCAAAGUAGCAUGAAACCACUUCCUAUCAAUCCAGAUGAUUUGUACGUCAGUGUUCAUGGAAUGCCCUUCUCUGCAACAGAAUCUGAUGUAAAAGACUUUUUCCAUGGGCUUCGUGUGGAUGCAGUUCAUAUGCUAAAAGAUCAUGUAGGCCGAAAUAAUGGAAAUGGACUAGUUAAGUUUUUCUCUCCUCAAGAUACAUUUGAAGCACUGAAGCGAAACAGAAUGCUAAUGAUUCAACGCUAUGUUGAAGUUAGUCCUGCAACAGAGAGACAGUGGGUGUCUGCUGGAGGCCAUAUCACUUUCAAGCAAACCAUGGGUGGUUCUGGACAGCCCCAUCCUCCUCCACAAACACAUGCUAGGUCCAAAUCUCCUAGUGGACAGAAAAGGUCAAGAUCAAGAUCGCCACAUGAGCAGGGUUUCUGUGUCUAUUUGAAAGGUCUGCCUUUCGAAUCGGAGAACAAACAUGUAAUAGAUUUCUUUAAAAAAUUAGAUAUCGUUGAAGACAGCAUUUAUAUAGCUUAUGGACCCAAUGGAAAAGCAAUUGGUGAGGGUUUUGUUGAGUUCAGGAAUGAAGCCGAUUACAAAGCAGCUUUAUGUCAUCAUAAGCAGUACAUAGGGAAUCGUUUUAUUCAAGUUCAUCCCAUAACUAAAAAGGCGAUGUUAGAAAAGAUAGACAUGAUUCGGAAAAGAUUGCAGAAUUUCAACUAUGAUCAGAGAGAGAUCAUAAUGAAUACUGAGGGGGAGACUGGUUUGCCAAAAUUAUGUGCACAUAUAUCAAAUAUUCCAUACAAUAUUACAAAAAUUGAGAUUCUUCAGUUUCUAGAGGGACUGGCAGUAGAAGAAAACUCUGUGCAAAUUCUUGUUGAUAAUAACGGGCAAGGUUUAGGACAAGCCCUGGUUCAGUUUAAAACUGAAGAUGAUGCUCACAAGGCAGAACGCCUGCACCGUAAAAAACUCAAUGGAAGAGAUGUUGUUUUACGUUUGACUACUGUAGAAGAAAUGAGAGAAAUUGAAAGAAAUCCACCAUCCCAAGGCAAAAAGUUGCUGAAAAUGCCAAUGCAAGGGAACGUAGCAGUGCCAGGAGUACAAAAUGCUGGUGGUGAUGAGCAUUCUUUCAUGAGUGGUAGUUCGAAAGAUGUCAACAAUGGCCCUCCAUUUAAUUUUCCUGGUAAUUUUAGUGCUACAUUUGGUCCCCCUCUGCCGCCACCAGGAGUUGGUGGCUUUGGUGAUUCUAGACCAGGAAUACCUUCAGUUGGAAGCAGUGGUUUGCCUGGUGCAGGUAUUGAUAUCCCAGGUUUUGGAAGUGGUCCUAGUAAUUUGAGCGGACCAUCAAAUUUUGGAGGGGGACCGCAAAGCUUUGGGAAUGGGCCUGGUAAUUUAAGUGGCCCUCCUACUUUUGGUAGUGGCCCUCCAGGUAUCGCAAGUGGACUUGGGCAUUUAAGUGGACCUCCAGGUUUUGGACCUGGACCAGGAAACUUGCAUAUUAGUGGACCCCCAGGUUUUGGAACGGGUUCUGGUAAGCCAGGGCCUACUGUCAUUAAAGUACAAAAUAUGCCCUUUACUGUGUCAGUGGAUGAAAUUUUGGAUUUCUUUUAUGGUUACCAAGUGAUCCCAGGUUCAGUGUGCUUAAAAUACAAUGAAAAAGGAAUGCCCACAGGAGAAGCAAUGGUUGCAUUUGAGUCUCGUGAUGAAGCAAUGGCUGCUGUGGUUGAUUUAAAUGACAGGCCUAUAGGCUCAAGAAAAGUCAAACUUGUCUUAGGGUAGCUGUUCAUAUGAAAUGUCUGUAGAAUAGUUACUCAUAGUGCUGUGAUUAAUACAUCCACAUUGUUUUUAUAGUGUAUCCAGGAUAGAACCUGUGGAUUUGUUUAAAUUGUAAUCAGAUUUGUUUUGCGAAGACAAAACAGUGGUUUAGCCAUUUACAUAAGAAACCCUGCAAAGAUGAAUGUGCAGAGGAUUUUUGAUUAAAAGUAUGUGAGAAGAGAGAUUCUUUUGCACCAAAUAGAAAAAGUUUGCUGAAGCUAAACUGACCCCAUGAUGUUUAUCAAGGAAUCUAGAUUGGUUUUAUGUAGUUGUGGAUAAAGGAAAUAGUUAUGUAAUGAGAUGAAGUCAAUGAUGCCCUCAGUGGGUGCUAUUGCAAGCCAUUGUAAAAUAGAUAGCUCUUCCUAGAUUUGGUUAAAAACUGGCUGAAUUUACUUUGUUCCGGGUUAAAGCUUUGUUUAUAAUUUUCCUCUGCAAGUGAAUGAAUUCAGUGUAUAGAUUAAUUGUUUUGUGUAUGUACUCUUAUUUUCAAAGGUUAUUGCUGUAUAGAUAGAAUUAUGCACAUGGCUAAUGUCUACCAAGCUAUUUCAUAUAUACCUAUGAGCAGAACUGUUCUGUAAAAUUCAAGCUGUUCUUUGUGGAAUAACCUUUAGCUAUUGUUGCAACUAUAACUGUGCAGAAUAAGACUUUUGCCACAAAUGUAGCUACCGUCAAACAUUAUUGUAUUUAGUUUUCUAGUAAAAAAUACAGUUGGUGCCAUGGCAGCAACAACUCAAAAAAACAUUCAUCAUUGUUUAAGUAGCUUGAUUUGUUAGGAUUAUGUAACAGUUGCGAUAGACUCUUUGACACUAGCUUGGAUAGUGAAUGUUGUAUUUCUCGUGUAUCUUCUGAACUACUCACAAGGAAUCUCUCUUAAGAGAACCAAAGGGAUUAUCUUUAUUAGAAGAUUGGAUUCCAGCUAAAGAUUUCAUGUUUAAACUACUCUUAAACGCUUUUUAUCUUAACUUCAGCAACUGUGCUGUGAAAUACUGUCAUGGGUCAAUUCAGAGAUUUAAUCUUAUUUUCCCCCCCAAAAAAACCUUGAAAACACUCUUUUGAGUUUACUAUAUUUUUGCAAUAAACUUGUGCUGUUUUAUUCAAAUUCUGUAAAGAGUUGACAUUUUCUUUACUGUGGAGUGAAGACUUUCAUGGAGAAUAGAAAAUCAAAAAGGAAGCAAUUAUUCACAAGCUUGAACAAUAGAACUUGUAGUUUGUCUACUCUUUGGUUUAUUAGACAUUCAAAUUCUUUUUGCUGUCUGAAAUUCCACAAUUCCCUGCAAAUCAUUGUACUUAAACAUAGUAGCCUGUAAGCUGUUCUGUUUCUUGGUCAAAGAAAUCUCGUGCCUUUUAGUGUUGCAUAUUAUGGAACACUGAAGUAUACAGUCUGGCAUAAUUUAUAGGUGCAAGUGGCAACAGUUUUAUUCAUGUAGUGUAUAGGGAAGAUCUGAAAACCUGUGCAACGCUACCUUCUGAGAGGAUUUUCCAGUACAGGAAUUUUUGGAAGGAUUGUAAAAGGUGUACUACAAUAAAGAGGUGGUUGCAUUACACAUCCUUUUGAAAUUCAUCGGAAUAAAUUUGUUUUUGACAAAUCACUAGGUGGUGCACUCCCACAUUUGAAAAGCUUUGUGAUUGUAUAUACUGUUUACAAUUAAGUCUCCUGUUAAUAAAAUUGUCUCUCUUUGUUAUGUGUUUUAACAGUCUUGGGGAUAUUGUUUCAACAGAUGUUUUUCUUUGAGAGUACUAUUACUGAUUCAGUAAGAUGAUUUGAAUAGGAGACAAGUAUUUGAGGUUUUUUAAAAAUUUUGCUCUUUGUUCUUGAAACAAUUUUCUAAUUAAAAUUUCCUACUAUAUUUCA